UUGCCAUUACUCACCAGUGGACUUUCACAAGUGCUGUGAUUGGUCCAGUACAACAUCACUUCACCCUCUUCAUCUUGUAAAACACUUUCCAGCACUUCCUCCUGUGGUGGUGAACUAAUCCAGUCCAAACCGGUUUACAGUGAAAGUGAAACCUUCAGCAGCUUCUGUUCAGUGAAGAGAAGAUCAUAAACAGAGAGAGAAAAGCUCAGAGGAUUAGGUCUAAUCUGAAGGAGGAGCCAUGACCUCCAAAAUGAGCUUCUCUGAGAAGCAGCACUCACAGAAAGCUGAGAGACUGGUUCAGGGUCAGAGAUCUGACUCACCUGAACCCAGCUGUGUGUCCAUGAAGAGUGACCAGUCAAUGGACAAAUAUAUACACUUCAGAGAGGAUAACAGUUCAUCUGAGAUCAGCUACGUGUCCAUGAAGAGUGAUCAGUCAAGGGGGACUCCACUAGUAUUCAGAGAGGAGGACAGAUCUACUGAUCUGAGAGUCCAGAAGAACUCAGAUAUUACCAGGAGAAACAUGGAGAUCAUAUUCAAGGAGCUGGAGCACAAAGUCAUCUCUCUGGUGAAGAAUCAGCUGAAGAGGUUUGUGAAGCUGCUGAGUCUGGAUUACCCAGCAUGUUCUGAGAGAAAGGUAGAGGAUGAGGAGGAUCAGAGCAGUGUCAGAGAGGGGGCGCUGAAGAUCACACUGACCGUCCUGAGGAACAUGAACCAAACUGACCUCGCUAACACACUACUGACCAAACUGGCUCCUUCUUGUCAUCAAAAGCUGAAAUCAACACUGAAGGAAAAAUUUCAGAAAAUGAAUGAAGGAAUCUCAAAUUCGGGAACCUCAACCCUUCUGAAUGAGAUCUACACAGAGCUCUAUGUCACAGAGGGAGGGAGUGGAGAGGUCAAUCAUGAACAUGAGGUCAGACAGAUUGAAACAGCAUCCAGAAGACCAGCAACACAGGAGAAACCCAUCAAAUGUAAUGACCUCUUUAAAGAUAAUUCCAUCAGAGCUGUGCUGACUAAAGGAGUUGCUGGAAUUGGAAAAACAGUGUCUGUGCAGAAGUUCAUUCUGGACUGGGCAGAAGAAAAGGCAAAUCAGGACGUCCUCUUCAUAUUUCCACUUCCUUUUAGAGAGCUGAACUUGAUGAAGGAGAAAAAACUCAGUCUGGUGGAUCUUCUUCAUAUUUUUUUCUCAGAAACAAAAGAACUAAAACCAAGAGACUAUCAUCACUACAAGGUCAUGUUCAUCUUUGAUGGUCUGGAUGAGUGUCGACUUCCUCUAGAUUUCCAGAACAAUGAGUGCUUAUUAGAUGUAACACAGUCAGCCUCAGUGGAUGAGCUGCUGACAAACCUCAUCAAGGGGAAUCUGCUUCCCUCUGCUCUCCUCUGGAUAACUACUCGCCCAGCAGCAGCCAAUCAGAUCCCUCCUGAGUGUGUUGACCAGGUAACAGAGGUACGAGGGUUCCGUGACCCUCAGAAAGAGGAGUACUUCAGAAUGAGAAUCAGUGACCAGAGCCUGGCCAAUAAAAUCAUCUCCCACAUGAAGUCCUCAAGAAGCCUCUACAUCAUGUGCCACAUCCCAGUCUUCUGUUGGAUUGCAGCCACUGUUCUAGAGAGAGUGUUGGGUGGAGCAGAGAGUGGAGAGAUCCCCAAGACUCUGACUCAAAUGUUCACCCACUUCCUGAUCUUUCAGAUCAAACACAAGGACCAAAAGUACCAUGGGAAAUGUGACACUGAUCCUCAGCAGACUAGAGAGUGUAUUCUGGCACUGGGAAAACUGGCUUUCCAACAGCUGGAGAAAGGCAAUCUGAUCUUCUAUGAGAAAGACCUGAGAGAGUGUGGCAUUGAUGUCAGAGAAGUGUCAGUGUACUCAGGAGUUUGUACCCAGAUCUUCAGAGAGGAGUUUGGGCUGCACCUGGGGAAGGUGUUCAGCUUUGUGCACCUGAGCGUUCAGGAGUUUCUGGCUGCUUUAUAUGCAUUCAUUUCCUUCAUUUCCUACAACAGAAAUGUUCUGCCUACAGGAUUUUUUGAUUUAUUCAGAAAAUCAACAAUUACAAAUUUCCUCAAGUCGGCAGUGAACAAGGCCUUACAGAGUGAGAAUGGACAGCUGGACCUUUUCCUCCGCUUCCUUCUGGGCCUCUCACUGGAGUCCAAUCAGACUCUCUUACGAGGCCUACUGACCCAGACAGGAAGCAGCUCUCACAGCAAAGAGGAAACAGUCCAGUACAUCAAGGAGAAGAUCAGGAAGAAUCCCUCUCCAGAGAAAACAAUCAGUCUGUUCCACUGUCUGAAUGAACUGAAUGAUCAUUCUCUGGUGCAGGAAGUCCAAUCAUACCUGAACAGGCGAGGUUCCAGUGGACUCAGUAGAGCUGAGCUCUCUCCUGCUCAGUGGUCAGCUGUGGCAUUUGUGUUGCUGAAUUCAGACGAAGAGCUGGAUGAGUUUGACCUGAGGAAAUAUGAUCCAUCAGAGAAAUGUCUUCUGAGGCUGCUGCCAGUGGUCAAAGCAUCCAGAAAAGCUGUACUAGCUGGCUGUAAUCUCAUGAAAGCAUCUUGUGAAAAACUAUCAUCAGCUCUACAAUCAGUAAACUCCUCAAUGAAAGAGCUGGACCUCAGUAACAAUGACCUGCAGGAUUCAGGAGUGGAGCUGCUGUCUGCUGGACUGAAGAGUUCACACUGUAAACUGGAGACUCUCAGACUAGCUGACUGUAAUCUCAGGACGGCAUCUAGUGAAAAACUAUCAUCAGCUCUACAAUCAGUAAACUCCUCCCUGAAAGAGCUGGACCUCAGUAACAAUGACCUGCAGGAUUUAGGAGUGGAGCUGCUGUCUGCUGGACUGAAGAGUUCACACUGUAAACUGGAAACACUCAGACUAGCUGACUGUAAUCUGAAGACGGCAUCUAGUGAAAAACUAUCAUCAGCUCUACAAUCAAUAAACUCCUCCCUGAAAGAGCUGGACCUCAGUAACAAUGACCUGCAGGAUUCAGGAGUGGAGCUGCUGUCUGCUGGACUGAAGAGUUCACACUGUAAACUGGAAACACUCAGACUAGCUGAGUGUAAUCUGAAGACAGCAUCUUGUGAAAAACUAUUAUCAGCUCUACAAUCAGUAAACUCCUCCCUGAAAGAGCUGGACCUCAGUAACAAUGAUCUGCAGGAUUCAGGAGUGGAGCUGCUGUCUGCUGGACUGAAGAGUUCACACUGUAAACUGGAAACACUCAGAUUGUCUGGUUGUAUGGUUACAGAUAAAGGCUGUUCUUCUCUGGCUUCAGCUCUGAAAUCAAGCCCCUCCCACAUCAGAGAACUGAAUCUGACCUAUAAUCACCCAGGAGAGUCUGGAGUGAAGCUGCUGUCUGAUCUACUGGAGGACCUACACUGCACACUGGGGAAACUACAGGUGGAUCAUGGAGGGAAGAUCAGGAUCAAACCAGGACUGAAGAAAUAUGCUGUUGAUCUCACUCUGGAUCCAAACACAGUGAACUGGCGUCUCUCUCUGUCUGAGAGGAACAGAAAGGUGAAGUGGGUGAGAGAAGAUCAGUCGUAUCCAGAUCAUCCAGGCAGAUUUGAUGGCUGGUCUCAGGUUUUGAGUGUGGAGAGUCUGGCAGGACGCUGUUACUGGGAGGUUCAGUGGAGCGGAUGGGUUUAUAUAGCAGUAUCAUACAGAGGAAUCAGGAGGAAAGGAGACAGUGAGGACUGUGUGUUUGGAUUCAAUAGUCACUCCUGGAGUCUGAACUGCUCUAACGGUUACUCUGUCAGACAUAAUAAUCAGAAAACUGUCCUACCUGCCCCCCCGUCCCCCUCUAACAGAGUAGGAGUGCAUCUGGACUGGGGGUCUGGCACUCUGUCCUUCUACACCAUCUCCCCUAACACACACACACUGACCCACCUACACACACUCACCACCACAUUCACUGAACCGCUCUAUGCUGGAUUCUAUAUUCAUCCUGACUCCUCAGUGAGUCUGUGUGAGAUAGAAUAACCUCUACAGAGAGAGAGAGAGGGAGACAGACAGAGAGAGAGACACAGUGAGAGAGUGAGAGAGAGACAGAGAGAGGGAGUAACAGAGAUUGAGACAGAGAGAGAGAGAGACAGUGAGAGAGACAGAGAGACAGUGAGAGAGAGACAGACAGUGAGCAGGUUGGUGAAAAUGUCUUUGAUGUUUAUCUUUUUGAUCUCACUCUGUAAAUAUGAGAGAAAUCAAAUCUUUCCGUGUUUAAAUUAUUCAGAUUAAAUAAAAAGAGUAUAAA